UCAAACUCAGCUGUCCCGGUUUCUCAUCACAAGAAAAGAAGCACAUUUUGAAGUUUUCCUCUUUUCUUUCGGGUUUCGUGAUAAAAAUAAAACAGAAAAAUAUCAAUUAAAUAUGUUCUUACGUUCGAAAUUACUGAAUAAAAAUAAUCUUAGCCUCUGCAGCAGCAGUGUACGAACAUUCCUCUCGGAACAAUUCAAAUGUCCAAACGAAUGGAACAGUCGCCUGCAACCGACUUUCAUGCAAAAUACAAAUCUGGAAAAUUUGUAUUAUGAAAUCAAACAAGCUUCAACCUCCCAAAAGAAUGGAAAACUUAAUGCCAUCGAUAUUGAUAUCUUUGUUAAUAAAGCCUCGGCUGCAGAUGAGAGUCGUGUUGAUGAAAUCAAUGAAUUGAUUCACACACUAAGGAUCUCGGAUGAAACUACAAAUACCCUCGAUUCAACACACCAUGCUGUGGUGAGGAACUACGUCGAUAUGGGUCACAUUACGGACUUGAUAACUAUUCUCGACAAUCGACUGGCCUAUGGAAUUUUCUUGGAUGACUAUUCGGCGAGUUAUUUGUUGGAUUAUUUGAUUAAAAAACAAGAUUUUCACUCAGCCGCGAGGACAGCAACUUUUCUUAUGCUUCAAGAAGACUUCGAAAAUGAGCUGCCACGCGCACUGUCGUUAUUUGCCUGCUAUAAGUACCUCAACCGAAGGGAACCUUUCUAUCAAGUGGAACAGACCGAUGAACAAGCGGAAAAACCAAAGGAGGUAAAAGUACGUGUUAAAUAUUUGAGAAAUGAAUACUUCGAUGACCACUUUGACAUCAAAAACCACGAUCAUCUAGUUGGAAAGACAUUCAUAGCCAUUGGCAAGAAAAUGGACAAACCAUUCUCACCCAAUCUCAAGCUCCUUGGUUAUUGCCUCUAUGGCAAAUAUGAAAACGCAUGCAAUGAGCUCAAGACAACCGACAAAGUAUUCUUCAAAGAAAUUCUCGAACACUGUUUGAAAGUAUUGGAGGUAAUUGAAACUGAAGACACAUCUCUGGAGUCUCUGAAAGUUGUCCUUCAAGAACGUUUAGCCAACACGAAUCAGUUACAAUCGGAAAGUUUCGAUACUUUGCUCGAGGAUUAUUGUAAAUCGGUUGUAGCCAAACAAGAACCGGUGGCAAUUGAAACUCAAAAAGAAUUGUACAAAAAAUGGAACGUUCUGCGUGAGGAGAAACUAAAUGAAGAAUUACAACGAUUGCAGCGAGCCAAGCGUUUGAAGAAAAUCGAACAAAUUACCGAGGAAAUGAAGACGAAAGAACAACAUUUGUGGUUCUUUGAGAAUGAGGCUCAACUUGAUCUACAAAUCGAUGGCAAGAGAGUCUUUUAUCCAAAGAGAUGGUUUGGAAAGAAAAAGGUACCAAGGGUCAUCGAUGCGGAUUAUGUUCCACCAGAAAUUGUUAAGGGCAUGAAAAAUUAAUGCAAUUUAAUAAAUUAUUACAGAAAAUAAUCAAAA